AUGGCUCAGGACAAUGAGAGGCACUACCCGGGGGUGAGUCUGUACGUGUGUAACCUGCCCUACAGCUUCAGUGAGCAGCAGCUGUACAGAGCGUUUUCACACUUCGGAAGCAUCAUCAGUGCCAAGUUGAUGAUGGAGGCCGGACGCAGCCGAGGCUUUGGAUUCGUCAGCUUCUCCACCCUCAACGAUGCGACCACGGCCGCGUCUGUCAUGAACGGGCGAGUGGUUGCCGGCAGGGCGUUGCGGGUCACUCUGUCUUGUCACAAUGAGCAGAAGACCCAGGCUGAGAAGCAGGACAGCAGCAGUGAAUCGCUUCCUGCUGGACGGUUUACGUCUGCUGUUCCUCAAGUUCAAAAACGCCUUGACGAUCAGCCUGAAAACCAGCUCGCGCUCCAGCCCGUCAGUCGACAGACAGCAGCGUGCGACCUCGCUCAGAGUCAGUAG